UUUCCCCUCCUGCUGCACCCAAAAGUCCCUCAAUUCCCUUCCUGCUACAAGUAGUCUAAGUUCACCUCCAUGAAAUAUUCAAAAAAAAAAAAGAAAAAAUUUCCAUGAAAUCCCAAAGCACCCAACUCUCCGUCUACAUCACCAACACCAUUAUCCCUCCCUCCGUUGUCUCCUUAACCCAUGAUAACGGGUCGGAUCCAACCGAGAGCAUAAAUCCAGAUCCAAAUCUUGAUUUCAUCGACUUUGUGCUCCACGUCAACGAUCGCCUCAACGACCCCAUCGGCACGCUCACCGCCGACGAGGUCUUCUCCGACAGCAAGCUCGUCCCUCUCUAGCUCACACGAAUGCGCUGAAUCGAGGGGACAAUCUGGAUUCGAGGUUGAUAGAAAUUUUUUUAAAGCAAUUUGAGGUUCGUUUGUGAUUCUAAAUCUGAAGAAGAAGAGAAGAAGAAGCUGGACUUAUUAAUUUAUUGUGUUUUGAGUUAAGAUACAUACUCCAUUGGGGUUUUACUAUUUAAAUCUCACCCAUGAAUUGAUAUUGGAAACCAACUGAAGACCGAGCCCUCAGCAAGUUGGCUUGAAGGUGUAUUGCUGAAAUUGUGCUUGGGGCUUUCCUUAAUGGCUUCAAGGUUGAAGGUCCUUUCACUAUUAUUUCUUGGAAUCAUUCUUUUCUUUGGGUCAACCUUUGCCGGGUCUGAGAAAGAUGUUAUUCAAAGAGUUCGAGCUCCUCAUAGGGAUCUAGAAACUACGGUCAUAGAUGGGACGGGUAGAGAGGCUACAUUGCAUGAUUCUCUGGGUAAAUUUCAAGGAUUUGAUGAGAGGAAGGCUGGUAAAACUAGGGUCUCGGUGUUCACAGUGGCAUGGCUUACACUUGCCAUGGCAGCGGCAACAGGAUUGGGUGCGGUUCCAUUUUUCUUUUUGGAGCUGGAGCCGCAAUGGGCAGGCGUGUGCAAUGGAUUGGGUGGAGUGAUGCUGGCUGCGAGCUUUGAUUUGGUGCAGGAGGGGCAGAGUUAUGGGGGUGGUGGAAACUAUGUUGUUUUGGGGAUCAUGGGCGGAGCAAUUUUCAUCUGGCUAUGCAAGAAGUUUCUUGAACAAUAUGGAGAAGUAAGCAUGUUGGAUAUAAAAGGUGCUGAUGCAAGUAAAGUAGUCCUUGUCAUUGGCAUAAUGACGCUCCACUCCUUUGGGGAGGGUUCUGGUGUUGGAGUCUCUUUUGCUGGCUCCAAAGGACUUACUCAAGGUCUCCUUGUUACUUUAGCUAUAGCUGUGCAUAACAUACCUGAAGGUUUAGCUGUGAGCAUGGUUCUUGCUUCCCGUGGUGUUUCUCCACAGAAUGCAAUGUUGUGGAGUAUUAUUACAUCAUUGCCCCAGCCUAUUGUAGCUGUUCCCUCCUUCCUGUGUGCUGAUGCAUUCCAGAAGGUCCUGCCUUUCUGCACGGGUUUUGCUGCUGGAUGCAUGAUUUGGAUGGUGAUAGCAGAGGUUCUCCCUGAUGCUUUUAAGGAAGCAUCUCCUUCUCAUGUUGCUUCAGCUGGCACACUUGCUGUAGCAUUCAUGGAAACAUUAAGCACAGUGCUCCAAUCUUUUAGCCAGGACUACAAUGCAGAUGCUGCCUCUGGAUUCUUGGUCUCGCUUCUAUUCGGCCUCGGUCCUCUAUUUGGUGGAAUCACCCUCGUUGCCUUCGCCCUUGCAUUCCAUCUCUCACAUCCUCUCCUCACUGGCAUCGCUUCUGGCAUCUCUUUCGUUCUCGCUCUUUGGAGGCCCUUACAACUCCUCCUUGCUGCCAAACUUGGUUUAUUCACUCUCUCCCUCCUCCUCGUCGCUGGCUCUGCAUUAUUCCACACAUCUACCUCCAGCAUCCUAAGGCUUGCUAGUCGCAAGAAAGCUUCUGUUAAUGACUUGGCAUCUCCGGCAGGAAUUUCCUUAAGUGCCCUCACCCUCCAAUCCUUUUUAGCUUGUGGUGCCGUCUCUCUUCAUGCCCUCGCUGAAGGCCUUGCUCUCGGAGUUGCUGCCCCAAAAGCCUACGGACUUGGUCGUCACAUGGUGAUCCCUGCUUCUCUCCAUGGACUCCCUCGAGGAGCAGCAGUCGCUAGCUGCAUCUUCGGAGCUACUGACAGCUGGCGGUCAGCGAUAGGAGCGAUACUUGCGGGGAUAGAUUAUGAUGGGCUUGAUUAUUGGAUGGUGUUUGCUUGUGGAGCACUUUUGCCUGGUUUUGUUAGGGUUUUUCGAAGGGCGAUGAGAUUGGAUUCAGCCAAGAGUGUUUAUGGAUUGUUUGUUGGGAUUGGAUUUGCUUGUGUGUGUUUGAUGUCUACUAGGUUGGUUUGCUUGCAUACGCCGUACUGUAAUUCUGCCCCAGAGGCUGUAACAUAAAUUUGUUGAACGACGACUUUAAACUAGCCUAGCAGCAGCUCAUCAGACCAGAAUAAGAGAAUGGCGUACUUACGUUGUUGAGGAUCUUGAAAAGGAAAAUUUUAUUAUACUGAUGGGGAUAUCAAUGGGAAUGAUCAUUGGCGUUAGAUAGUAAAGUUGUGUUGUAACUUCUCACGAUGGGACAUCCGAGACGAAGUAAAUAUUCUUAUUCACUGCAAGAAAAUUUCUUGGAUAAUUGAUGAAUAAUCUCACACAGUCUUCUAUUUGGAA